GAGAAGGGACCGGCGGCGGAGGGGCCGCGGCUGCGAAAGGAUGUAUGGAUUUAUAAACACAUGCCUGAAGUCUUUGGUGGUUGAAAAGUAUGGUGAAGAAACAUGGGAAAAAUUAAGACUGCAGGCUGGAGUCCAGGAUUCUUUCUUGACUUUUGAGGUUUACAAAGAUGAGAUCACAAUGCAGCUUGUCGACAAAGCCUGCAAAGUAUUAGGUGUUCCUGCUGACUUGGUUCUGAGAGAGUUUGGAAAGUAUUUCUUUGAAUUCUGUAAGCGCUCAGGCUAUGACCACAUGCUGAGGACACUGGGUGGAAAUCUCUAUGAGUUCAUAGAGAACCUGGAUGCAUUGCACAGCUACCUGUCCCUUUCUUACCAGGAAAUGAAUGCACCAUCUUUUAGAGUAGAAAAGAAUGAAGAUGGGUCAAUGCAUUUACACUACUAUUCAGACAGAAGAGGUCUGUGCCAUAUUGUACCAGGAAUCAUUGGUGCAGCAGCCCUGGAUUUUUUUAACAUUGAGAUUUCAAUGAAAAUAGUCAAUCAAACAGAAGAAGAGGAAAGAACUGGGAAAAAAGAACAUAUUGUUUUUCUUGUCACUCAAAACCCUGUAUUUCCAUGCAAGGAAAGAAAUGAAUUUGCUUCCUCACCUCAAUGUCUUGUUGACUCUGAAAAACAAAGUGAGAGCCAACUGAAUAAAGAGGACCUUGAAAAAGCCAAGAAUACAGCGGGAGACAGAGGAAAUUCUGUCUGUCCUGUUAAGAAAAGUCACUGGAAAACAUUAAGAGGAAUAAUCGCAUUAGGGAAAGGUAAGCUCCUGAGAGGAUUUGAUCCUGUUUAUCCCAAGAGCCUCUGGAUUGACACGAAAACAUUUUGCAAUGGACUUCCUUUCCAUAUGGUUUUUGACAAAGAGCUCAGAGUGAAGCAAGCUGGGGUGAGCAUUCAAAAGAUUGUACCUGGCGUUCAGACCAUGGGCAUCUCCUUGGAUCAGUACUUCAGGAUCGUUCACCCGGAAGUACCCUUCACCAUCUCCAGCAUUCAGAAAUUCAUCAACAGCCAAUUUGUUUUCCAAACUAGAAGAGAGAUGAUGCCAGAGUCAUGGAAACAACGACCAAUGCUAGAGCUGAGAGGGCAGAUGAUGUGGAUGGAGUCCCUACAGUGCAUGCUCUACCUCUGCUCACCUUUGCUUUGCACUUUGCACGAGCUGGAGGAGCGACAGAUGCACAUUGCAGACAUUGCACCUCACGAUGUGACCAGGGAUUUGAUUCUUCUCAAUCAGCAGCGGCUGGCAGAGAUGGAGCUCUCUAACCAGCUGGAGAGGAAGAAGGAGGAACUGCGGAUACUGUCAAAGCACCUGGAGGAAGAGAAGAAGAAGACUGAAGCUCUGCUCUAUGCUAUGCUUCCCCAGCACGUGGCCAACCAGCUGAAAGAGGGGAAGAGAGUUGAGGCAGGAGAGUUCCAGGAGUGCACUAUAUUGUUCAGUGAUGUCGUGACCUUUACCAACAUCUGUGCCCAAUGUGAGCCUAUUCAGAUAGUUCUCAUGUUAAAUUCGAUGUACCUGCGAUUUGACAGACUGACCACGGUGCAUGACGUGUACAAGGUGGAGACGAUUGGAGAUGCCUAUAUGGUGGUGGGUGGGGUCCCUGUGCCUGUUCCCACUCAUGCUGAGCGAGUUGCUAAUUUUGCCUUGGGGAUGAUAAUUGCAGCUAAAGGAGUACAGAACCCAGUUUCUGGAAAUCCUAUCCAAAUUCGAGUUGGGAUCCAUACAGGUCCUGUCUUGGCUGGAGUUGUUGGAGAAAAGAUGCCUCGUUACUGCUUGUUUGGAGACACAGUGAAUAUUGCUUCCCGGAUGGAGAGCCACGGUGUGCCCAGUAAAAUACAUCUGAGCUCCAGUGCCUAUCAGUGCCUAAAAUACAAGAAUUUCGAGAUUACUGAGAGAGGAGAAAUAGAAGUAAAAGGCAAAGGGAAAAUGCACACAUACUUCCUCAUUAGAAAUAAAACUGCAACUGAGAAUGAGAUUAUGGGAAGGCCAAUGAAAGACUUAGAUUCUGGCCAUGAAUCUGUUCAAUCUUUUCAAGAAGGCAGGACUGAAACAAUACCAAGUUCUCAUCAGCCAGUUACUCAGACUCAGCCAGAGAAGGACCAGACCCCAACUGUUGCAAUGAAGUAUGUUGAUGGCCCCACAGAUGCCCAAAACAGCCUCCAAAGAAGAAAUCAAAGGAAAAUUGCAGAUUUAACAGGCAAAACUUGUGAUUCCAAAAGCGAUGGGAGUCUCCAUGGCAACCAGCAUGCAGAUGAUGGUCCCCGUCCUCUAAACCAGGUUAGAGUCAAACCUGCUGCUGAAGAGCCACAGAACAGAAAUGUUCGCUCUAAUUUUUGCACUUUACUCUAAGUUUUUUAGUUUUACAUUAAACAGAAAAAAAUUAUUAUGAUUUUCUGCA